AUGAGGCGAGGUAGGUACGCCGCCAUUCUGACCCAGUCACAGAGGUCCGGCAUUGUCAAGUCGUUGUGGCAGGUGUAUGACAAGGAUGGCUCGCGGCAUCUCUCGCGCAAGGCUGUCCGCGAGCUGCUUGGCUCGGUGCUAGCGUCGUUUAAGCGGAUCGAGGCGUUUGUGCCUGGACAGCUCGCCCGGGACGCACCCAAGGCGCGCGGGACGAAGCGGCAGGGCAAGAUCACUACGGUCGACGGCUCGGACUUUUUGCUCAGCCUCGAUGAGAAGAAGGCUGUGGCCAAGCUGACGUCGACUCUGUUCGACAAGCUCCACACCGUCAACGACACCCUCUGCUACCACGAGUUGCUCGAGGAGGGCGACGAGGACGACGUCGAGGACUUUCUGGACAUUGCCGAGGCACUCACCGACCUGCUUCCGCUCUCAAUCAAGGGCCACGUGUGGGAUGCCGAGGACUCGGCCUCGUUCGACGACAUGCGCACGCUCCGCUCGGCCUCGCACAUCGCCUCGUGCCCGCACUGCGGCGAUGGCUCGCCUGAUCACAACCACAACUUUGCGCCGAGCCCUGACUCGGUCAAGGCCAAGUCCAAGUCCAAGUCCAAGUCCAAGAAAGCCAAGGCUAAGAAGAAGAAGCAGCGCCGGGUCAUCACCACCGUCACCACCACCAAGGAGGCUGUCGACAAGUCCGCCCCGCCGCCAGCCGACGGCUCGGACUCGAGCUCGGCGGCCAAGACGUCGAAAAAGAAGAAGCGCUCCAAGAAGCGCUCCAAGAAGCGCGUUAGCGAGCCGGCCGACGCCGGCGCUUCCUCUGCCACUGCCACCACCACCACCACUACCACCACGUCCACAUCCAAGAAGCGGCGCAAGAAGAAGUCGUCCAAGAAGAAGCGCCGCCGCAAGUCUGUUGACGGCGGCGCCUCCUCCGCCGCCACCACCACAACCACCUCGUCCAAGAAGCGCCGCAAGAAGACGGUGUCCAAGAAGAAGCGCCGCCGCAAGUCUGCCGACGACGGCGCCUCCUCCGCCGCCACCACCACCACCACCGUCACUACGUCGAAGAAGCGUCGCAAGAAGAAGUCGUCCAAGAAGAAGCGCCGCCGUAAGACCGACGAUGGCGCGUCCACGGCGGCUACCGACUCCACCAAAUCCAAGAAGCGCCGCAAGAAGCGGUCAAAGAAAAAGGUGGCGGCAGCGCCGGCGCCGGCGUCAGCGUCCAAGGCCAAGGCCAAGAAGACGACGACAACGACUGUAACGACGACGACGACCAAGAAGACGGUCGACCCCAAGACCGGAAAGACGACCAAGAAGACGCUCACGUCCAAGAAGGCCAAGUCCAAGAAGGCCAAGAAGAAGAACAAGCCGCCCAAGGAGAAGAUCGAGGUCAUCACUCUUCCCUCCGGCGAGCAGAAGGUCAAGCGGAUGGUCCGCGUCAAGCGCUCCGAGAAGCGGCGGCGCCAGGCUGAGCGCGCACAGCGCCGCGCUGCUCGCAAGGCGGGCAAGAACGGGAGCAAGAAGGGCAAGAAGUAG